AUGAAGGGCAUUAUCUGGUUAGUUUAUAAAGAAAAUGCAUCAGUUAAUUUUUCAAAAAUGACGUCGUAUUUUGAUGAUGAGGAUGAUAUGCUUGAUAUAAAACCAAUGAUAUCAACAGACGAUUUUGUUGUAAAAUUUAUUAAAACUAAAAAUCGAAAUCAAUUUGAAAUGUCAACAUGUUUAUCUGAAAUGAGAUCGAAACAAAGUGAAGAAGAACAAUGUCAAAUAUGUUGUGAUACGGCUAGUGGAUGGCAUUGUGGAGCAAUUACAUGUGAAGCAUGCAAAAAAUUUUUUCUUCGUUCAAUAACAACGGGCGAUGGUCGAAAAAAAUAUAAAUGUCAACGUGAUCAAUGUUGUCUAAUAAAUAAACGUUCAAGAACACAAUGUCAAUUUUGUCGAUUUCAAAAAUGUUUGAAAGCUGGAAUGAAACCACAUGAUGAACAUAUCAGUCCAAAAACAGAAGAUUUAUAUAAAAAAUUACCAUGUCUUGUUUGUGGAGCACCGGCAUCCGGAAUUCAUUUUGGAGCGGUGACAUGCGAAGCAUGUAAAGGAUUUUUUCGUCGAUCGAUUAAAGAAAAUGCGCCCGAUCGUUAUCGAUGUGCUGAAAAUAAUAAUUGUGAAAUAAAUUCCACAUCAAAAAUAACAUGUCGGGCAUGUCGAUUUAGAAAAUGUAUUAAUGCUGGAAUGUCAAUGGACGCUAGUCGAAUUGGUCGUCAAUCAAAUUUAUUUAAACAAAAUAUCUUACUAUUACAAAAAGGUAAUCAGAGUAUGGCAUCGAUUAAUGACAGUGCAAAAAUAGCAACUUUAGCAAAAAAACGUAAAACAAAGGCAAGAAAUGGAAGAAUAUUUGCAUCGAAUAAUGAAAUUGAUUCAGAAUUAACAGACGAAAUUAAAGAAUAUAUUCGAGUUGUCUAUUCAGCUUAUGUGGAACAUUUAAAGGAAUUACCACGCUGUAUACCACGUGAAACAGUCUGGUUAACAAUGGCCACUCAAUUAGUCAUUUAUGCACAGUCUGUAAUGAGUUUUUGUCAGAAAACAAUCUAUGGUUUCAGUGAACUAUCUGAUCCAUAUGAAGUCUUAAGUUCUUCAAUACAUUCUGUGAUAAUGAUUACAUUACUACCACGUACAAAUAAAAUGUUAAUGUCAUGGAAUUAUUGGCGAGCUGAAACAACAUUGGCAAAUGAGUUAAAUUCUCAUUUACCAUUGAUGAAUGAAGCCGAAGAUUAUUUUCGACCGUUUGAAACAAAAAUAAGAGAUUUACAAUUAGAUGAAAAAGAAACUGCAUUAUUAUUAUUAAUGUGUUUAACAAGAACAAAUAUGAGUAUUAUGAAUGCUCGUCGAGGCACAAAUGGUGAAUUACCAGUUGAAUUUUAUGAUAUAGCUUUCUUAAUAUCUCAACUUCGAACAUUAAACCGUAAAAUUGGACAAUGUUUGGCAUCAGCUCCAUGGCCAUUUGUUCGAAAUUUACCAUCAUUUUUUUAUCGAAUUUAUGUUCCAAACAACGUACCAACAUCGAAAACAAACAAUCAACAUAAUAAUCACCAAAAUAAUAACAGCAAUAGUAAUGACUCAUCAGUAACCAAUCAUCAUAACAGUGGUAGUCUUAGUAGUCGUGCAAGUGCUGGUGUUGAUGGUAGAACACUAAAUUCAAAUACAUUAACAACAGCUGAUCAUCAUAUGAACAAUUAUACAGAUAUAUCAAUGUGGGCAACAUCCCAAUCAUGGUAUCCUCCAUCAGCUGAUCAAAAUAACCAUCCGUCAUCAUCAUCUUCUUCUUCUUCAAGCUAUGAUGAUCGUUUACGUGCUGCUGCUGCUAAUUCAGAUAGUUUAUAUGUUUCAAUGCGUUGGUAA